AUGGAUUCUCUAUCGGUGGCCCCGAACAUGAAAUCUCCUACCAUGACCCCACCGCUCAUUGCGCUCGAGGAGCACUUCUAUUCUCGAGCGGUAUUCGACUCGUUCGAUAACGACAUGAAAACAGGCAUUUCUAAAUGGCCAGGAGCACUCGACAGACUCUUCGAUGCUGGUGAUCUCCGCCUCAAGGAGAUGGACAACGGCAAAGUGGUCCUUCAAGUUAUCUCGCAUUGCGCCGCGGACAAUCCAUCGCCCGAGGUCUGUAGGGCAGGCAACGAUCAGCUGGCUGAAGAGAUACGCAAGUCUGAAGAGACCAGAAAGCGCUUUGCCGGCUUUGCAGUUCUGCCCAUGUCAGAUCCCGGGGCUGCAGCGACCGAGUUGGAGCGGACGGUCAAAGAGCAUGGCUUCGUGGGCGCGCUGGUCGAUCAUAAGGCUGGCAACAAAUUUUGUGACGGGGACGAGUACGAUGUUCUCUGGCAGAAACUGCAAGACCUGGACGUUCCGAUCUACCUUCACCCUGCGUGGCCAACGAGAGAACUCCUCCAAACAUCGUACGCUGGGAACUAUCCGCCUCGUUCGAUGACCGUGAUAGGAGGAGCAAUGUGGGGCUGGCACAGCGAGGUCGGUGUCCAUGUACUUCGACUACAUGCCGCAAGAGUGUUUGAUAAGUUCCCCAAGUUGAAGAUAAUUCUGGGUCAUUUUGGAGAGAUGAUGCCGUUCAUGUUGCAGAGGAUCGUAGAUCAGGAAAGCAUUAUGGGCAAGCGAGAUCGGCCCUUUGGGCAGGUGUGGAAUGAGAACAUCUGGAUCACCACUUCCGCUGCAUACAGUGUUGAUCCGAUGCGUUGCAUCCUGGCCAACACCAAGAUCGAGAGGAUCAUGUACAGCAUUGAUUACCCCUUUACAACGAACGAACGUGGCCUCAAAUUCUUUCAAGACCUCGAGAAAAGUGGCCUUGUCAACGAGAAAGAGCUCGAACUUAUCGCGUAUAAGAACGCCGAGAAUCUUUUGGGUGUCAAGGCACAGCCAGCAAAGCAGGUCAAUGGUAAUGGGACGAGUCACAACGCUUGA